ACGUAUUAAGCAACAUGGCGUGCCUACGAUGGGGAAUAGCUAGUGCUGGUAUGAUUUCCAACGAUUUCUGCGUUGCCCUCAAGACACUGAACGCGGAAGAACAUAACAUAGUCGCAGUGGCUGCCAGAUCGCUUGAUCGUGCCAAGGAGUUUGCCGAGAGAUUCUCCAUUUCCAAGGCGUAUGGGUCGUACGAAGAGCUUGCAAACGAUAAAGAUAUAGAUGUGGUUUACAUUGGUGCCAUUAAUACCCAGCAUGUAGGGUUGAGUAAAAUGAUGUUAAAUUGUGGUAAAUCUGUCCUUUGUGAAAAACCACUUGGUGUUAAUCUUCGUGAAACUAAGGAAGUGCUCUCUCUGGCAAAGGAAAAGAAGCUGUUCUGCAUGGAGGCAAUUUGGUCUCGCUUUUUCCCAGCGUAUGAAGAGAUUCGCAGUAUCGUCAAUUCUGGUAAGAUUGGUGAUGUCAAAUAUGUGUACGCUGAUUUUGGUAUUAAAGACUUGCUAGAUGUACCAAGAUUGGCCAAAAAGGAAAUGGCGGGUGGUACUAUUUUAGAUCUUGGAAUUUAUCCCGUACAACUUGCUGUGAUGAUAUAUGGAGACGAAAUACCCAAAAUUACAACACGGGGAAGUUUAACUCCAGACGAAGGUGUCGAUGAGAGUGCUGUGGCUAUAUUACAGUACACAGGCAAUAGAUUAGCUGUGGUCACAAGUCAUGGGAGAGUUAAUACUAAUAGUGAAGCUAGUAUUGUUGGCACCAAAGGAUCAAUUAAUGUGCCCUUCCCAUUUUGGUGUCCAACAAAGAUAAUAGUCAAUAGUGACCAGGGCCAAGAGAUCAAGGAAUUCCCUCUACCAGAUCCACCAUUAAAGUUAAACUUUACAAAUAGCAGUGGCUUGAGGUAUGAAGCCGAGGCAGUCAGGAAAUGUGUAUCAGAAGGUAAAUUGGAGAGUGAUUUUCUGACGCAUAGACAGUCAGAAAUCAUUGCCACUAUUCUUGAGAAUAUGAGACAUGAUGUUGGCUACAUGUUGGAACAAGAUAGACAGCCUGUAGUUAUGGCAUCGCAAUAA